GAUAUUGCACAGAGUUCCAUGUUUACGGAGUGAUUCAAAGACAUCCCGGUCUUCCAUGCGGCAUCAACACCUUUCUUAAAUGUAGUAAACACUAUUAUUCUACAGAGGCCUAUAAAUAUCCUGAAUGUUAUGAGCCUGUUUAUAGAAAACGUUGGAUAAAUCGAAUGUCAAUACCACAAACAACAACCAUAACCAUUGGAACAAAGAACAGUUGGAAUUGUCCGAAAGGAUUUUAUGGAGACAACUGUGGUAGAAGGUGCCCGUAUCCUAAUUACGGUCAGUAUUGUUCUCUAAUAUGUGACUGUACUGAACAAAACUGCCACCACGCGAAUGGCUGUCCACGUCUAGGAAAAUCUUGUCCAGCUGGUUUUAUCGGAAUAUAUUGUGAAAUACGAUGCCGGUUUCCGAGUUAUGGAUCUGGAUGCCAACAAAUUUGCUAUUGCCCAGAACUUUACUGUAACUCUAUCACUGGAUGUAGUGAUAAAGCAAAGAAGAUGGAAGUUCAGGACACUUUAUUCACACCUUGCUAUGCCUCUGUACAGACUGUAAGGAUUGUGUCAAUGUGCCCAGCAGACAUGUCUUCUUAUGAGGAAGCUGUCAACAAGAAGAACUGUUUAGCAUUAGCUGCAUAUGGACAAGACUGCCAAAACUUGCAAUACCAUUGUGUUUUAAGUGAAGAUUUGAAAUAUGCAAUUGAAGUUUGCGCACCAUCAUCAUAUAUCAUUGGUCAUGUCUGUGCCAUGUUUGUGACUCCUAAGAGAAGAAUCAUGCAAAUAGAUGAUUUUGAUUGUAAGACAGGUCCCUUUUCAUACAACUCGACCGAGGCAUAUAAAUAUUCUGAUUGCUAUUCAAAUAUUACUAGAUUGCAUAUGACCAAGAUACCCCUAAGGGCAUCAUCAAAAAUUAGUCCCAUCGCUUCAAAUUCUGUAAAAAGUGGAUCAACCAACUGGUUGGACGCAAGUCUUGCCUCAUCAUCAAAUCACAUCUUUAGAGUUACAACUCUUGGACCAAUGUCCACGGAAAGCAAAACCAUAACUUCUGACGUAUAUAUAUUAGAAUCCUCCACGAAAAAAUCAUUCUUAAUCCGGAGUUUGUCAUCAACACAUACUCUAAAUACAGGUAGGAAAAUGUUGAAUGUCAAAAAUUAA